AUGAAGCGUUUCAUGAUGGGACUAUUCGGAAAGAAAAAGGACCCGAAGGAGCAAGUACGAGAGCUGCAGAGAAAGAUGCGACAAGAGAUGAGGACGCUCGACCGUCAAGUUUACAGCAUUCAACGUGAGGAACAAAAGGUCAAAAACGAGAUCAAGGCCGCCGCCAAAAAAGGAGACAAGGACGUUUGUGUGAUUUUGGCUAAGUCGCUUCUUCAAUCUCGAAAGGCCGUCAGCAAGAUUCAUAAGUCAAAGGCCGAAAUCAACAGUGUCGUCAUGUGCAUGCAGGAACAACUGGCCACGAUGCGGAUGGCGGGAGCAAUGCAAAAGAGCACGCAAGUGAUGAAGAGCAUGCAGAACCUGGUGAAGGUGCCCGAGAUUAUGAAAACGAUGCGUGAGAUGAGCGAAGAAAUGAUGAAACUCGGCAUCAUCGAGGAGAUGAUUGAAGACACGAUGGACGCCAUGGAUGAGCCCGAUAUGGAGGAGAGAGCACAGGAGGAAGUUGACCGAAUCCUUUGGGAAGUAACAGCCGGCGAGCUGGGCAAGGCUCCAUCAGCGGUGAAGGGCGGUCUGGAGAUGGAGGGAACGACAGCCGACUCUGAGAUGGAAAGGAUGCGAGAACGACUCGCCGAGCUCAAGGAU